CAGGGUCAAAAGGUGAAAAUCAUCACUGACUACAAUGCAUGGCUAGGCUACAGACUUUAAGACUUCAGCAGCCAAGGCUUUCCGUGAGCACAAUGACAAACUGGUAGACUCCAUCCAAGAAUCAGACCUGCCUGUGUUGGGGUCACAGAUUUACAGUCGACAUAUAAUUUCCAGGGAAACAAUGAGAAUGGUUGGAAAUGUGUCUACCAUGCACGAGAGCUGUCAGGGUGUCCAAGUUGAUGCUAGCUGUAAUAACUCACUUGGACGUACAUCCGGACAAGUUUGAGAGUGCCUUGGACGUCUUCAGAGAAAAGCUGGUGUAUGCUGAAGUUGCUAGCAUGAUUGCAUUGUGUUUUGAGACUGCAGCUCAGUUGAACCAUGAGUGCUCAAAUGAAGCUCUUUGCUUGUUGCUGGGCCUGAGUAGUGCUGACAUAGACGAAAUCGAUAAUGAUCCAAGAAACGUCUACAGUUCCCAAGGCAAGUGUUACACUGCUCUGUUAAAAUGGAAGAGCAAAAAUAUUGAUUUAGACAAUCCAUCAAAAUCGACAGCUACUUACGCUCGAUUAGUAGAAAUUGCUAAAGAGGACAAAGACAGAGAGGCAAUUCGAGAAAUUCACAAGGCUUGUGUCAAGUAUGUCAGCAAUGAAUCUCAACCCUCUUUGGUCCUGGUCACACCUGCUCCAAAAACAACCGUUGGAAAGUAUGCAGAAUAUCUCAGAGAUGUGUACCUUCGAUCAAAGCUCCCUGUCAAAGGAAAAUGGCCUCCUGCUCCCUGUAAGAAGAUCAUCAAGCUAGCUACUAUUGAAAUUGAAGAGGAUCACUCCCAUCAAGCUAAAUAGAUCAGAGUCGAUUGAUGAAUAUAUGCAAAACAAAAGCAUGAAUCCUAUUUCAAUGAAAGAGCUUUUAAAUGAAAAAGACGGCUCACUGACAAAAACCAUGAUCGUUCAAGGGGUCCCAGGAAUAGGCAAGUCGACUUUUGCAUGGAAAUUUUGUAGAAAGUGGACCAAAGGAAAGAUCUAGCAGCAGUAUGACCUGGUUAUUUUGUUGCGUAUGCGUAAUACAAGAGUGAGAGAAGCAACCAAACUUAGCCAUCUCUUCUUCUCAGAAGAUCCUGACUUUUCAAAUGAAGUAGCAAAGGCAAUUGUCUAGCAAUGGAAAAGGCAUCUUACUUUUGAUGGAAGGAAUAGACGAGCUUCCUGCUUCUUGUUUAGCUGAUGGCAUGCCUCUUUCGAACUUACUUCAAGGUGAAUCCUUUCCCAAAGUUACCAUCAUAGUAACCAGUAGACCCUGGGCUGUGCAGACACUUGAGGAAAAGUGUGGGGAUCAGAUUUCUCGACAGGUGGAUAUCUUGGGCUUCACAAAAGAAGACAUAUUGAGAUACGUUUCACAUGCUUUCACUGAGGAGGAAAAGACUGAGUUCUUAGAGUACCUCUGCUCUCAUCCUCAGCUGCAAUCCAUCAUGCACAUCCCCCUGAAUGCCGCCUUUGUUGUUUUGAUCUACAAGCAAUUCCAUCGUUCUCGGCAAGCUAUUCCUAGCACCUUGACCCAUCUCUACACAGCUCUUGUUGAGGGUCUCUUGCUCCGCUAUAUCAAGUUAAUUCCUGAGUUUUGUGCUCUCAAGGCUAUCUGUCUUUCAAGCUUACCAGAACCACUACAAACACAUUUCCAUCAGCUUUGCCUACUAGCUUUUAUGAGCUUCACCAAGCUGACUGUUUAAGUGACAUUCACCGAUUUAGAGGCAGCUUUGUACGAGUGUUUUGAUUUCCUGGGUCUCAUGCAGUCCUCAACUGAACUCACCAUAAACACUAGUACCACUGUAUCCCACAGCUUCCUCCAUUUCACCAUCCAGGAGUUCCUAGCAGCUUACCAUCUCUCAAAAGAGCCGUCCCAAGUGCAGGAGUUGUUUUUAGAAGUUCACAGCAAAGACCCUCAAUUUUCAAUGCUGAUCACAUUUCUGGUUGGAUUGAACAGUAAAGUUCUGCAUUGCUUUAAACUACCGAGGUCAGAAAUUCAAGAUUUGUCCACAUUUCAUUUGCACUUGUUGUAUGAAACACAAUCCCCCAAGGAUGUAUGCAAGUUCUUAGGAAAUAAGAUUGUGAAAUAUUAUCCUGCCCUAACAAGUACAUCUCUUGACUUACAUGCAUUAUCGUAUUGUCUUCGCUACAGUGAUUGUCGUUGGUAUCUAAAAAUUAAUUUGCAAAGCUUCUCAUCACUCUUUUGCAAUACCGAUGAGUCAUACAAGGGGCACAUAUGGGGACUGACAAUUAUAGAUGCCUCUGUGCGUAACAUUCAAUUAUUCUUUUCUCUUCCCAAGCGUCUCUUUUCAGAUUUAUAUAGACUUGUGAUUAUGCCAUGUGAAUUACCUGUUGGCUCUGUAGUUGGAAACAUCUUAAGUGACUGCCAGUUAGCAAACUUGAAGCAAAUUUCUUUUGUGAGUAAGUAUUUACAUCUAUCUUGUGAUAUAAGCUCAGUUAUUGAAAGUCUGUUUGCUUCUUACCCCAACCUUAUUCACGUAGGAAUCGUAACAACUGUUAUCUCAUCCUCUGAUAUGGUAGAAUUAUGCAAAUACAUAAGUUCUCGCUCUGGCUCACCUGAGCUUACAUUGGCUCUUACAAAACAGAAUUGAAAAUGAGUCUGUUAAUUUGCUGAUUAGAACUGUUGCACUUUCAAAGAUUCUGACCCAUCUAGAUAUUUCUUAUAACUAUAUCUCCGUUAAAGUAUUAGAAAUGCUUUCUGUUGCUCUUUCUGCUAAUUCUUGCUUGAAAACAUUAGGAAUGAUCAACUGCUCAAUUGAUAGUGAAGGAGCUGAAUUACUAUCCAAUGGGCUGGAGGAGAAUCGAACCCUCCUUGGAUUGGAUCUUCGCAAAAAUCAUAUCAAUACGAAUGGAGCUGCUGCCCUGGCUUCAAUGCUUA